GCUAAACUCUGGGUUUAAUUGGUGUUUAAAGGCGGAUUUAUAUUGAAAAAUGGCUUCGCAGGAAUCUAUCCAUGAUAUCCCCAUGCUUAUAAAUCAAUUUUUGGCGACUGCAGAUGAUGAAUCGCUGGUUUAUAAAAGAUUUAGUCGAGAAUUGGCACAAUUAAUCGCCAACGGCGAGUUAUCCCUAUUACAGUUCAUUCAGAACUUGGGAUCUAGCUUAACUUCGGAUAAUGACUUGAUUAGAAUCAAAUCUGUUCAAUGUAUGACGUCUACUUUCCAGGAUCUUGACAAAUCAAAACUAUCAAAACAAGACAUUCAUGUUGUGCUUCAAUUUUUUAUUGCCAAAUUUGAUGAUAAAGUUUGUUUGAUUCAUAUAUUACAAGGUUUGAACUCUAUUAUAUUGUUUAAUAACUUUAUUCCAAGUAUCAAUGGGAACUAUAAUCUAUUAUUGACUACUCUUCUUGAAAAAUAUGAUCCAAAGAAGAGCCUUGCUAAAAUCAGAUAUGAGCCUUUCCAGAUAUUGAAAACUUUGUUCAAUAACCAUUUGAAAUAUAUUCAAUCCAAGCCUGCAGAUCAGGACUUGUUUGUGAAGGCGUUCAUACAUAUUGCAAGUGGUGAAAAAGACCCACGUAACUUAUUGGCUUCUUUCGACCUUAAUUCUGAUAUUAACCAACAUUUGUCUUUCGAUCCUCAAAACGAACUUCACGAAGAGUUUAUAACCGACUUAUUUGAUGUUUGUUUUUGUUAUUUCCCAAUCGCUUUCACUCCUCCUGCUAAUGAUCCAUAUAAAAUCACUGCUAAUGAUUUAAAAGUUCAUUUGAGAAAUACCAUUUCUUCUCAAAGUUUAUUUGCUAAAGAUAGCUUUCCUAGUUUGAUUGAAAAAUUAACUUCUACUAACCCAACUGUAAGAAAUGAUGUAUUGAAAACCUUAUUAUUAUGUGUUCAAAAUUAUAAUAAUGAAACCUUAUUACAGUAUUGGUUGACUAUUUGGGAUUCUUUAAAAUUUGAAAUACUUCAUAACGAAGCAGUUGUAUUUAAUCCAACUCUCAACAUCAUUAUACCUAACGACUUUGAAUCCAAGAUCGAUGAUUCCGAUGAAAAUAAGUCUUUGCUAUUCACUCUACAAAUUUUGAUGGAAUUAGCAAAUGUCAUGAAUCAAGAAAAUCAAUUAGAGAACUAUUUAUCCACCGUCACCGAAGAAUUGAAAAAAAAUUUGAAAUCAAUCAACGAUAAAACAUUCAAACAAUCUGUUGUCCUCUUAAGUUCCUUGGCCUCUGUUUCAAGUGAAAGCUUCAAUUUCAUCUUGAAAUUCUUAUUCUCUGCUCAGGUAUGGGGCAAACUCAUUAGAAGUGACGUUGAUGAAAAGAUGGAUAUCGAAGAAGUCCCCUCUAAACAAGAAACAGAAAUCGAUAUUAAUGAAGUCGAUCAGAAGCAAUCUGAAGACGUGGUUUUCAAUGUAUCUAAACAGAGAGAACUUAUUGAGAAUUUUGGUUUCGUUUUAUCAGCUUAUCAUAUUUUAUCUCACAAAGACUCAUCUUUUGCCAGUGGUGGAAAUAACUUGAAGUUGUAUAAAGAUCAUUUAUUGAUAUUCUUGGGUCAAUUAUUACAAACUUCUUCGAAUAUCGAGAAGACUUUAAAAUGUAAAGUUAUUCAACAAUUGAUCAAAUUAACUUUAUUGCAUGGAUUAUUGAAUAACCAAGACUAUUCCCUUAUUUUUGGCUGGUUGAAUGACAUUUUAUCAAACAGUAUUGAUUAUAGCGUUACAAAUUGGGAAAAAGAUAUGGUUUUGACCGAAAUUAUUAACGGUUUAGUAAAAUGUAUGACUGAUGAACAUGGUCCUGCUAAAAUUGAAAAUGCACAUGCAACUGAAACUAGCCUUACCAACAACAUUACCUUGGUAAUAGAUUUAAUCUUACCUACCUUGCUUGCUUUAUUAGAUAAUGUUCAAAGUGAUGAUGAAAUGGUGAAUUUUUCUAAAAUCUUGAAAAUUAUCGAUACAUUAUGUGUCAAUUAUCAAUUUUUGGAUGUAUUGACCGUCAGGUUAUUGAAUAAAUUAUCUCAAUUCAAUCAACUGACAUUAUCUACGGACUCCAAGUUAUUUAUCUUCAAGGAAAUAAUUGAUUGCUUUAUAUCUUCCUUUAAAAAGACACAAUCUGUUAAUCAAUUUCUUACUAAUUCUUGGUACAAAAAUUUCGUACCUCGUUUCUUAAAUGUCGUUUUGCAAUCAGAUGAUAAAACAGUAAUUGAGUUAAGCGGUGUUUUAAUUGGUUUAAUUAUUAAAUAUAUUGACAAAUCAAAACAUCAAAGCAUUCUCAAUGAUUUUGUUGGAUGUUUCUUACUUAAUCAAUCUAAUCUCAAUAUUAAUGUUCCUGGUGUCACUCAGCAAGUCAGUACUUAUAUUGGAUUAUUCAACAAUAUUUUAUCAAGUGUUGAUAGAAAAACAAACUUCGAGGAAGCUUUAGGUUAUUCCAUUUUCAACUUAAUCGACAAUAUUUCUAAAUUUGCUUAUAGCUCUUUCAACGAAGAUAUUGACGAGUAUUAUAGAAUCGGAUAUCUUCAAAACUUAUCUAUCUUAGUUAAUAAAUUUACCAAACAAAAUGAUGAAACCAAUGGUGAAAGAAUCUCACAACUCGUUUUUGAAAUAGAAAAAUUCAACAAUUCAAACACAGAAUUGACCAAAAAUCAAAUUGAAACGUUUGAAAUAUUUACUUGGAUAUUGAAAGCAUUAGUUUUACGAUCAGAUAGAUAUGGAUUCCAAUACACAGAUAAAUUGAUUGACUGGUUGAAUAGCUCCAAUUUGUUAUUUGCUCAAAUAGUUUCUGAGGCAUUCUAUAUCAUCAUGAUAGACUUACCAAUCUUUACUACUCAAUCGGUAGUUGUGCCGGGGCAAAAAUCGGUCAUUUCUGGUGUUAGUAACUUGAAUGUUAGAUUAUUGUAUAAACAACAGCUUUUUGAAAUAAUCUUACCAAAAUUAAUUUCUGGCUACGAAGCUGGAAAAAAUCAGGAAAUUUACUUAAAUUCAUUAUCUAUCAUAUUAAAUAAUAUUUCAACUGCUAUUUUGAAACCUCACUUAAAUGAGAUUUCACCUUUGGUAUUGAAGAGUUUGAAUAUUAACAAUUCUCUUAUUUUGGAAGCUUCGUUGAGCACCUUUGAAAUUAUCAUAAGUGAGUCUCCAGAUACAGUUACACCCCAUUUAUCAAAUAUCAUACCCAAAUUACUAAGUUUAGUUUCUUCUAAAAAGGUUAUUAAUAAGCAACUCAUUAAUACUGAAAAAAUCCGUUUGUUGGCAUUGAAAUCAUUGAUGGGUAUUUUUACCUCUAUUGAUUUACCGAAUGUCAUUCCAUAUCAAAAAAGUGCUAUAAACAAAUUGGAAAUUGCAUUAGACGAUAAGAAGAGGGUCGUAAGAAAGUACGCUUCUGAUGUUCGUCAAGUUUUAUAUGAACUUGGUAGAUCAUAA